AUGGGUCUCGCCACUACCGUCUUCUCUGCGGUCUUUCUGGCUACUGGUGGCUUCUUGUUUGGUUAUGAUUCUGGUAUCAUCACCUCCACCAUCGCUCUCGAUACAUUCAAAGAGUACUUCGCCAAUCCCAAUGACACCACAACCGGUGGCAUCGUCUCCGCCUUUCAAGGCGGAGCUAUUGCUGGCACCAUCUUCAACAUGCUUUUCGCGCACAAGCUGGGUCGUCGCUUGACCAUUAUGGUCGGAGCGCUCGUGUCGGUCUUCGGCAGCGCUCUCCAGGCUGGCGCAGUCAACAUGGCUAUGCUCAUCGUCGGUCGCUUCAUCGGUGGUGUUGCAGUCGGUCAACUCACGUCCACCAUUCCCCUCUACGCCGCAGAGCUGUCGGAAGCCAGAUCCCGCGGUGUGCUCUCCGGCCUCCUACAGUGGAUGCUGAGUUGGGGUUUCUUCGUUGCUCAGUGGCUCGGCUAUGGCUGUUCCUUCAACAACACACAAUUCUCUUGGCGCUUUCCGCUUGCAUUCCAGUGCUUCCCAGGUCUCAUCCUUGUUUCUGGUAUCUUCUUCCUCCAGGAGUCGCCACGCUGGCUGAUGGAAAGGGACCGUCAUGAGGAGGCCAUGGCUUCGCUCCAGAAACUCCGCAGCGGCUACGAUUCCGAGGUUAUCGACCUCGAGUACCGGGAGAUCCGCGACGUUAUUGCGGCCGACAGGGCCCUUGGUAACAUCACCGUAUUCUCAAUCCUUACCAAACCUUCAUGGCGCAAGAGGCUGUUGCUCGGAUGUGGAGUCCAGGCCUUCGGCCCUCUUUCAGGCAUCAAUGUCAUUAACUACUACGGCCCUCGCAUCUAUAACAUCCUUGGUAUCUCGACUCGCGAGUCUCUUCUGAUCAUUGGCAUUAGCGGAGCUCUGUCCAUCGUCUGGUGUACAAUCGGUCUUGCCAUCUUGGACAAAUUCGGUCGCAUCAAGCCUCUGCUCAUUUCUGCUGCUGGUCUUGCUGCAGCUCUCCUUGUCAACGCUGUACAGGGACAAUACUUCAACCCCAGCAAUGGUGCGCAAUUGCGUAGUAUGGUCGCCAUGAACUUUGCAUUCUCGUUCUUCUACACACCACUCGGUAUCAUUUCUUGGGUGUACCCCGCCGAGAUCUUCCCUGUCGAAGUCCGCGCGCUCGGUAACGCUAUCACAACCUUCACGAACUGGGUCGUCAACUUGAUCUUCGCCCAAUUCUCCCCUCAGGCGCUUAGCACGAUCGAGUUCAAGUACUUCUACGUCUUCUUUGUCUUCAACGUCAUCGCAUUCUUCUGCUACUGGUUCUUCUUCCCCGAGACCAAGGGCAAGACCCUCGAGCAGAUGGACGAGCUCUUCGGCGACCAGCUUGUACCCCACGCCAUGCAAGAUCCUGCUGCGGCAGCCGCGGCCAUGGAGAAGGAUGAGAAGCUGCACACUGAGAUACGAGACGAGUCGCUUGUUGGAGCAUGA